CGGGGGGUGUCGCUCGCUCCGUGCCCGGGGUCGUCGACCCGCUGCUCACACGGGGGGUGGGUCAAGGACGCGCGCGGAAUAGGAAGCGGCCUGGAUCUGCGCUGCUGGCGAGGCGGCGGUGGAGGUUGACGACCGCACGGCCCACUUUCACGCGCGCCGCGGCAACAACAGCACACACGAGAGCAGUGCACCUCGAUCCACGCGAGCCGCUCGCUUGCUGCUGCUGCGGCUGCCUGGCCGUGUCGAACGCGAGUGAAAGUGUUGGUUGGAAAAUCAAAUUGAGAAUUUUCAGGGUCCGAGCGACCGACCGGGCGGACGACCGCGCGGCCGACCGGCCGGCAGGGAGAGGCCGUUGAACCAGGCAGUCGCGGCCAAUCGCUUUCUAUUAGGGGGGUUAAUUAAAAAUUAUUGCGAGGUGAAAGUGUCUCGGGGGCAACAAAGGCAUCAACCUCGUUCAAUUACAUCUCUGCUCGUAACCGCGCGCAGCAGAUCGCGCGCGCGAGUGGUCGGGAAGGAGCCGUUGCCGUUUCGUAAGCGGGGCGGCCUGGAUUCAGGAGAUCCGUAGGUCCGGGUCGUCGAACCCAGGCCGCCCACGAGUGCAGGCAGCACUGGGUCAGGCGGCCACCAAAGCCAGCAGCGGCAGCGGCCUGGAUACUCGUACGCUUGCGCUGCCUAGUUGGCGGGCGGCUGACUCUAAUUCGGGUCGUCGACCCACAACAAACCCCAGCCACCCUUUGUUGGCGAAUUCCUCUCCUCUCCGGCCGCUCGACGGGCCGGUCGGUGUGUCGGCAGGCCGCUCCCCCCCUCCCUCGGCGGCGCUCGGCGGCUGCGGCUGGCGUAACCGAGUGUGUGUGCCGCGCGAGUUGCUGGCAGGCUCUCUGUGGCCAUGGUGCCUCCCAGGACGAACCCAGCCCUGCACGGCGACGCGAGGAACAAGUCGCGCCAGCUGCUGCUGCUCAGGGCGGACAGCACGAGUGUUCACUUCCCUGCCGAGCAGCGCCAGCACUUGGGCCCGCUCAGGCCGGUCGAGCUCGUCUUCAGCGGCGUCUCGGUCACGGUCAACCGUCGACGCAUCCUCCGCGAUGUCAGCGGCGUCGUCCGCCCCGGCGAGCUCCUCGCCGUCAUGGGGCCUAGUGGUUGCGGCAAGACGACGCUGCUGAACGCGCUCUCGGGACGAUGCAGACUGGACUCGGGCAGUAUUCGACUCAACCGCGAGUGUCUCAACAAAAAGUGGAAGCGGCGGAUCUGCUACGUCCUGCAGCAGGACAUCUUCUUCACUGACCUCACCUUAAGACAAACACUAGAGUAUGCAGCCAGACUGCGGUUACCGGAUUCAAUGUCGUACACUCAGAAAAUGCUGCACGUGGACCACAUUAUUGACGUGCUGGACCUCGAAUCGUGCCAGGACACAAUUAUCGGAGAUUAUUUGGAGCGGGGCCUCUCGGGGGGCGAGAAGAAGCGGGCCAACAUCGCGUGCGAGCUGCUCACCAACCCCUCCCUCAUGCUGCUCGACGAGCCGACGUCGGGCUUGGACUCGCACGCAGCCUACAGCCUCAUGUCCAAUCUCAAGCGCUACGCCGAAAAGUCGGGCAAAACGGUGGUGGUCACCGUGCACCAGCCCUCCUCGCAAAUCUUCCACAUGUUCGACAAACUGCUGCUUCUCUGCAACGGACAGACGGCGUAUUUCGGGGCUGUAAACAAGGUGGUCGACUUCUUCAACGGGAUCGGCUUAUCGGUGAUGCCCCAUUACAACCCAGCCGAUUUCAUUCUGGAGCAGGUGAAAGGGUCGGACGAGCUGCGGGAGCGGAUCAUCAGCGCGUCGCGGCAGGCGCGCAACCAGCCCGACUACCCGCAGGAGCUUCUGCCCGACUUCGUUCCCAACUCAAUCUGUGAUAACAAAUACAUGUACCAGGAGAGCCGACUCCAGUCAAACGGCCACAUCAGCAGCAGCCGCUGCCCCUCGUGCCCCUCGUGCCCCCCGGUGCACAUCAACUGCGCCCACGCCCACGCACACGCCGGCAACCCCCAGCGACCCUCGCUCUGCGUCUCCUCAGUCACCGAAAAACAGGGCGUCUACACCGCAGUAGACUGCAACUGUCGAAUACGGGAAGACGAGGGCCGGUCGCUGUGGACAGACAACCAGAGCCACGGGUCGACGAGCAGCAGUGGCGACGAUGAACUCAGUUGGCCGACCAGUUUUUGGACUCAGUUUAGUGUGUUGACGCAGCGCAACUUCCACGAGGCGAGGCCUCGUAUGUUGUCCAAGCUCAACUGGAUCCAGACAUUCGGCCUCGGCGUGCUGGCCGGCCUCCUCUGGUUCCAACUGGAAAGAAAAGAGGAAGCCCUGCACGACAUCCAGGGCUGGAUGUUCUUCUCCACCACCUACUGGAUGUUGUUUGCUCACUUCGGAGCGCUCUCCUCCUUUCCGCCCGAGCGAGAGGUGAUAAACAAGGAGCGUCUGUCGGGCGCGUACCGUCUUUCCGCUUAUUACCUGGCCAAGAUGGUGGGCGAGUUACCUCUGACCGUGGCCUUGCCCUUCGUCUACCACAUAAUAUCCUACCCCAUGCUCGGCUUCCACAGCUUCCCCGUGUUCGUGACACUUCUGGCCUUUUUGCUGCUCAACACAAUUGUGGCCCAGAGUGUGGGCUUCUUCGUGGGAGCCUCGUGCAUGGACAUGCAGGUCUCCAUCACCAUCAGCGCCCUCUACACGCUGGCCACACAACUCUUCGGCGGCUACCUGGCCACCAACAUCUCGCCGUGGCUCAAGUGGCUGCAGUACCUCAGCAUGGUGCACUACGCCUACCAGAAUAUGCAGAUCGUCGAGUUUGGCGAAGGCUCGCCCAUCAUGUGUGCACCGCAGUCCAAGUUCGAGAUAUGCGCAAAUCAAACGAGCAUCCCGGUGGAGGAGAUCCUGACGGCGCAGGGCGCCAACUUGCCGCUGUGGGCGAACACGCUGGUGCUGCUGCUGUUCCUGAUCGUGUUCCGCGUGCUCGGUUACGUGGUGCUGCGCUACUUCCGCCGGCCCAAGUGAACAAACAUUCCUCAAGUGCCUUGACACGUGCCAAGUGCUUUUAAAACACAAAAAUACGAUACAUAGACGAGAGACCGAAAAUCGCUAAAAAAAAAGAAAUGAAACGAACGUGUUUGUUCCCACCUGGUGGCGGGCGGCGCCGAUGUCGGCGCCGCCUCUCGCUUUUAUUUCCGCAGCACGACAACGACGAGUAGAAAAAUGGCGGCGGCGGGCCCCAGCAGCGCGGCGCCGACCACGUCCAGGCUGUGUCGCUGCCAGAAGCGGAGCCGCGGCGCCGACCACGCGUCCCCCCGACCGUCGCCGCGGCGCCGCAACACCCACUCCACCCAGAAGACGGCCUUCUCCAGCGCCGCCCCCGUCUCCGCCCCCGCCACUCGACGCUGCACACUCGCUUCUUUUAUCCUUCGCAAUCAAACAGAGUUGUUUAUUUUCAACAAUAAAUACUUUGAAAUGUCAAAAUGUACAAAAAAAAAAUCCACCGGGCUCACGCCAACCUUUCAUUUUAGCUUGACAAAAUGUUCCGAACCCAAAACAAAUAUUAAGACCACAGAUUUUAUCAUAUGCAUUGGAUGAUGUCUAUGUUUUAAAGUUUUAAAAUGUUUAAAAAUGCUGGAGCGUCCGCCAUGUUGGAAUAUGUGAUAAAAAAAUGGCUGAAACUCGAAUUAAAUCUUAAAAAUACCUAGAAGAGAA